UGAUGUGCUUUAGGAUUCGUUGACCCGUUCGAAAUAAAAGCUUGUUUGGCAUUUCAGUAGUACCGUUAGAUCAGCUGGGCAAACCAGCUCAUCAAAUGCUUACCCACUUUCUCCGAUGAAAGCAAUAAAUAUUGCAAGAGGAUGCAGUAUGAAUUUCAGAGAACGGUUCUUCUUUCUUUGCUGCUCUGUUGUGAGGUUUCUGGCGAUAAAAAUAGCUGCGUAGGAAUUCAAUCUACUACCGAAAUAUAAAUAUUAACUUUUUGAAUGUGGAAUUUACAAAUAAAUUAAGUCAAGAGCGGUAAAAUAUGAAAUUUUCAAAAAGCAUGAUCACUUGUCGAAAACGUGCAUAAUUAUUGACUCCAUGAACGUGAUAUGAUAUCGUCUUUUAUUCUAUUCCUUAAAAUAACGUGUUCGAAAUAAAGUUUGAAAUAUACUUCUUCUUUCCAAGAGUCAGAUACGAAUAAAAUACACGUUAAAAUUCUUAGGUCAUUUUAAUGAAUGCCAUAGAAACAAGUAAUAUGCAUUUAUCUAACUUUUAAUCGUAAAAACCGCCAUAGAAGUAAUUCAUCAAGAACUUUCAAAGAGACACAGAAUGAAACGCAGGCACUUUCCGGAAGUCGGGCGGAAGCAGCAAUCUGGAAAAGGAGGGCGGCAGCGGAAGUCCUUCCCUAUGGCGUUUGCUGUGGCAACCUGGCUGGCAUCCGCGCGGGGGAUCCGCGCUGCCUCCCCAUCCCCCUCCCCCGCACAAUAAGAGCAGCUCACCGAAGGCGAUGGGAGAAUCCAGUGACGGAGACGGAGAAGACGGAGGAGCACCGCAAGAAGUAGAGAUUGAAAAAGUGGAAUCGUGGCUGGAUGAGCACCCUCACUUUGUAUAUGAUUAUUUCGUUCGAAAGGCUUCCCGCCAAAUGGUUGAUUCAUGGCUUUUGUCUCACUCUGCACCUCAAGGAAUGGUUCAGGAGAACUCAUCAUCAACCGUGAGCCCCACUAGUCCAAAUUCUGGAACAUCUAGUCCGGUACGCAAAAUAUCUGCCCAUGAGUUCGAAAGAGGUGGACUCUUAAGGCCUAUCGUCAGCACAACCGUAGAUGGUGUUCCUACUUUCCUAUCAUUACCUCUUCCUGGAGAUAGUGCCCAGUCGAACAACAACCGUGUUGGGCGCAAGAGUCGUCAGGAGUUGCGAGCGCUCGACGAACGAGAACUUAUUUUCGAACUCGUCAAAGACAUCUGCAACGAUCUCGAAAUCCGCAGCUUGUGUCACAAAAUCUUACAGAACGUCAGUAUCCUUACGGAUGCCGACAGGUGUUCCCUCUUUCUAGUGCGUGGAGAAAAACCCAACAGGUGUCUCGUUAGUCAGCUUUUUGACGUUUCAUGCAAUUCCACUAUUGAGCAAAUGCAAAAAAAAGAAGAAAUCAGCAUACCUUGGGGUACAGGAAUUGUUGGAUUCGUUGCGGAAAGUAAAGAAGCGCUGAAUAUACCAGAUUGCUAUAAGGAUUCCAGGUUUAAUGAUCAAGUUGACCUCAAGACAGGCUACACGACACGGAAUAUGUUAUGCAUGCCCAUAGUAGAUGUAGAUGGGGAAGUUAAAGGAGUGGCGCAAAUCAUAAACAAAUGCGGUGGCGAAGAACCGUUUACAGACGUUGAUGAAAAAGUAUUUUCCAGAUACUUACAGUUUUGUGGUAUUGGACUUCGUAAUGCCCAAUUAUAUGAAAGAUCUGAACUGGAGAACAAAAGAAAUCAAGUUCUUUUGGACUUAGCAAGAAUGGUUUUUGAAGAACAAAGUACAAUUGAGCAUAUUGUCUACAGGAUAAUGACACAUACUCAAUCUUUGCUACAGUGUGAGAGGUGCCAAAUACUUCUAGUUGAUGAAUCUACAAAGACAUUCUCAAGAGUAUUUGAUUUGGAUGUUAAUGAUACAAAAGUUGAAGACGAAAACAGAAAAAGCCCUUUUGAAGGUCGUUUUCCUAUCAACAUUGGGAUUACUGGUUAUGUAGCUACCACUGGAGAAACUUUGAAUAUAUCAGAUGUGCAUGCUGAUAGCAGAUUUGAUCCCUUGGUUGACAGAGAUAGUAGUUUUUCUCAUCAUUCUGUCCUCUGUAUGCCCAUUCGAAAUGCUGAAUUCAAAAUUCUUGGUGUCAGUCAGCUAAUUAAUAAACUAAGUGGUGUUCCCUUCAAUAAGAAUGAUGAGCAUUUGUUCGAAGCUUUUGCUAUUUUUUGUGGAAUGGGUAUACAGAAUACUCAAAUGUAUGAGAAAGCCAUUAAAGCCAUUGCUAAAACCAAAGUAACCUUAGAUGUUUUAUCAUAUCAUGCAACUGCUCCUAUUGAAGAAGCUAAGCAGCUUAGUAAAUAUAUUGUACCAUCAACACAUGUGUACAAGCUACAAGAUUUAAAAUUUAAUGAUUUCAGUUUGAAUGAUGAAGACAUGCUGAAAGCUUGUUUAAGGAUGUUUAUGGACUUGGAUCUUAUUGAAAGGUUUCACAUUGACUAUGUGAUGCUAUGUCGAUGGCUAUUAAGUGUUAGAAAAAAUUAUAGACAAGUCACGUAUCAUAACUGGAGGCAUGCGUUCAAUGUUGGGCAGAUGAUGUUUGCUGUUCUAACAAUUACAAAGUUUUGCCAUGUCCUUGGAGAAGUAGAAACACUUGCUCUUAUUAUUGCUUGCUUAUCACAUGAUUUAGACCACAGGGGCACCAAUAAUUCAUUUCAAAUAAAGUCAUGUUCUCCUUUAGCUCAAUUGUAUUCUACUUCUACUAUGGAGCAUCAUCAUUUUGACCAGUGUAUAAUGAUUUUAAAUAGUGAGGGUAACCAAAUUCUCAGUCAUUUGUCUCCUGAUGAAUAUUCUCAUAUUGUUCAUGUUCUAGAGGAUGCUAUUUUAGCUACAGAUUUGGCAGUUUAUUUUAGGCGAAGAGGUACAUUUUUUCAUAUCGUGGAAACCAAAACACAUAACUGGAAGAGAGAAGAUCACAGGGAAUUACUCAGGGCUAUGCUUAUGACUAUUUGUGAUAUUGCUGCAAUUACUAAGCCUUGGGAAACACAAAAAGUUGUUGCAGAACUUGUUGCUUCUGAAUUUUUCCAACAAGGAGACAUUGAAAAAGAAAAACUUAAAAUUCAACCAAUUGACAUGAUGAAUCGUGACAAAAAAGAUGAAUUGCCUUUGAUGCAAGUGAGGUUUAUAGAUUCCAUUUGUACUCCUGUUUAUGAGGCAUUUGCUAAGAUAAGUGACAAAUUAGUUCCUUUGGUUACUGGUGUUGCUGAAAACCGAUCUCAAUGGCUGAAGUUAGCCCAAGAGAAGAACCUAUGUCUGUAAUAAAUCACUCACAUCUUGUCAACAUUCACUUUUUUAUGUCAUGUGUUUUGUCGUCAAUCUCCAUUGAAAUGUAUAUAUAUUUUUUAAACUUUUGACCCAAAUAUUGCGUGUUGAAGUGCUUCAUCAACUGUACUGUCUCUACUCUUUAAUUUUGUUACUUACAUAAUGUCUCAACCACCUUUGUACAGUGGCAGGUUCACACAUUUGGGGACUCAUUGUAAUGCAGUUUUGAGGGCCCCUUUGUCUAGCAUACAUAUUUUUUCCAGUGCAGUUUUAGACCCAUUUUCAGGCCCGUGUUUUUUGGGAUCCUUCACAAUUGAGACGUGGUAAAUCCGCCAUUCCCUUUGCAGAAGUUAACGCCUUUCACUAUACAUAUAAUGUUGAAAACAUAAUUUAUUGCACUUAUUACCAUUAUGCAGUAAACAUGGACUAAAGGGCAUGGUUGUUGCAUGUGAAUAAGUUUUGCAGGUAUAAGUUUCUCUCUACUUUGGAGGAAAAAAAAAUCUAGGUGGCAAAAGGUGGUUGAAAUAGUAUAUAAGUAUCUUAAUUGGCCUACAUUAUAACGUUGAUGAUUUUUGUAGUUGGAUGUUACGUUCAAGAUUCUAGUCAUGCUUUAAAUGUGCUUUCAAAAUGUCAGGCUUCAAAUAUGUUUUGAAACAAAACAACAAGCAAGGUUACCUCAUUUUGUUUAAUUAAGAAAAACUCGUACAAUAUUGUCAGUUACGUAACUCAGGUGAAAAUAUAUUGCUAGUGCAAUACAUUUAACUCCCUCCAAUGCUCUCCUCUUGAGACCAAAUGUUUUGCAGAUUAUUAAUUUAUACUGCUGUGUUAAGCACAAAAGUUGUAUAUCUGCAGUUGAGCUCAAAAUGAGACAUUGCUUUAUUAUAAAGUUCUAUGCCUCCAUGUCUUGAUUCAGAUGCAAUUUUUUCCGAAUAUGUUUAGAAAUGUUUCCCAUUCACAAAAGAUUUUAAAAUAUUGAUUUUAGGUAAAUUAGGUGACAAAGAACUAACCUGGUGAAAGUAAUUCAAUUUUGAUGAAAAGUGCAGAUACUACUUUGAAAUUGGGGGGGGGGGGGGAACUGGCACUAAGACUUAUAAGACUUAUUAACGAUGCAAAUAUACACUGCUGACCUAUGGGGUGGGCCCAAAGUUAACAGAUCCGGCCCUGUGUGGACUAGAGUGUAUAUGUUCUAAGUUGUGUAUACAUGUUUUUUGAAAGUUUAAGUAAUUUAGCAAACAUUCUAAACCAUCAAAUUUUUUAUUCAGUUUUCUUUCGUUACAACCCAUGAAGUUUCUUGUUGAAAAAUAAACUGGUAUUUUAAAUGUUCAAUUUUUUUUUUUUUUUUUUUUUUUUUUUUUUUGCUAACAUUGGCAGAAAAAUGUUAAAAACUUGAUUGAUCAUUAAAAACAUUUUUUGAAGUUAGAAAAUGUUAGCUGAAUACUAAAUACACCGUAAUUAUUAUUAUUUGAUCAAUAUUAAUAAACAAAAUAUUCCUUAUUUAUUUUAUCCAUUAUUCUAGUUAAUACAGCUUUAGUUAUAAACUUAUAAAAUUAACAUUCUACAAAAGAAAUUUCCUUUUUUUACCUGUCAACCUAAGUGAAUUUAUUCUGAACGGGUUUUUUAAACUAAACUUUAUUUUGAUACUAAAACAUAUUUUGUGUUAAUGGCUUUUUCUAAAACAUAUUUCAUUCUUACCAUUUGUUUAUAUUUAAAUUAUUUUGAUUUUUUUUUAUCAAACUCAUGUAAAGUUUUCUUUUGUCAUAUUAAAUAAUUUUGUUUUUGAAACAUUGAAUUUUACUUUAUAAGAAUUAAAAAUUAAACUCUACUUUCCUUUGACUUAAAUGACAAGUUGCUGUAUGUUUUCUAAUUUAAAAGUUUGCAUUUCUUUUCUUUACUCUGUAAAAUUUUCUCGAAACUUUUUCCUUUGUACACACACACAAAAAAAAAACUUUUUUUUUUUGUUGUAGCAGUAUCCUACUCACAAUUCGAUGUGUGUGUAUUAUAUUUUUUGCGGUAAUGGUGUGAGCAUAAGCUUGAUUUGUAAUUCAAAUCAUUAUGAUAAAAAAUAUGAAAACUCAGAAACAAAAAAAAAUGCAUUUGUAAUGCUAUACAAAUCAACUGUCUAAUAUAUGUGUACAUAACAAUACAUGCAAAAUAUUUUUAAAGUAAAAGAAAAUAUUUUAAAAGUUAAUUGUUUUUUGAUAUUAUCUUUUUAGCAUUUAUUGAUUGUGUUAUGGAAUUAAGAGAACAUGCAUUAAGAUUAUUACCGUAACAUCUUGUACUCCCAUGCAAUUCCAGAACAUAACGGUGUAUUGAAAUAGAGCAAUCAGUUCACCGGUUAGUUGAUUCAAUGACAUCAGCAUGAGUGUUCAGCAGGCUUUCAUAUGCAAUCGGCUAGCUGGUAGAUUAAUGCGCCUGGUUAGUAAUCGGUUAACCAGUUGCUCUAUUCUAACGUACCCAAUGAUCCCAGUUAUGAUACAUGUGCCAUGAAACCAUUGUGCAAUAGUUUGUUCACUAGUGAUGAACAUGCAUGCUGUGUAAAACCAUUUUCAUUAAUUUAUUAUUUAUUUUUUUCUCUUAAUAAUGAAUUAUUAAUGCAUCUUUUAAAAUUAUUUAUCAUCUACUCAUAUGUUUUUCUACCUCUUAAAACCUGCUGAAAACACUUCAUGCGCCAUUCAUUAUCUUUGCUGUGGUAGCUUUUUUAAAAAAUUUGUUUAUCUCCAUUUUCAGCAAUAUUAUUGCUAUUUUCUAUUCGGAAAUGUAUCCCACCAUUGUGUUGGUUUUUCAAGUCAUUAUUCCAUAAAUAUUCUAGUUGUAGUUUUGUUCAAAUUACGUCAACAAAAUUUUAAUAUAGAGAAAUAAAAUUGGUCACUCAUUGGAUUUUUGGAAAAGAAAAAAAAAUAUGUGAAGUUUAGUUUUAUUCUGGGAAAUGACUUUAAAUGCUACGAUGGUCAUAUGAAAAAAAAAAUGAUAUUUGUGUGUAUGAUGUAUAACUUUUUUUUUUCCUUUGCAAUGGAUAAGAUGUCAAAAUUCAUGCAAAGUAUGGACAUUUAACUUUAUCAACAAAAUGACAGUUAAAAAAUUAAUAAAGAUUUUAUGCACAUUUUAAGAAGUAAUGGAAAUCAAAAAUAAUUCAUCAGCUACUGAAAAAAAUCGUAUUGAAAUCAUUUGAAAGGUUUUUAUAGUUUAAGGACACUUCAUUUUAUAGUUUAGAGAUAAGUGCUGAAGUAAACUUGUAAUUUUGCAUAAAAAUAAACUUUCAUAAAAUUAAUCAUAUGAUCACUUCUGUAUCAUCAUUUUAUUUGAGUUUAGAGCUUGGUGUUGGUCCGUCCGUGAAUAUUUGUAUUAGUUAUUCUAUUUCAUUCUGGUGUAAUAUUUUUAAAUAUUUCCUUCAUCUUUUUACAGUAUUAUUAUCUCAUUUAGCAUUUAACCAUACUGUGGCAUAUUAACCAGGUGCAAGAUUUAUUGUAUUAAAUACAAUCAAGUCUGAUAUAUAUAUAACUAUUUUGUCUAGUCUGAAAUCUUCAUGUAUUAUCCUUUUUAAAUGUUUGAAAUGCCUAAUAUGUACUGUGAUUGUAAAAUAUGUAUAUUUUGAAUGUUAUGUAUAUAUAAUGAAUAUUAAAAUUAUUGU